CAGAGAUUACCCGUGAUCCCAUUAGAUCUUGUCGCUUGCAACUAUAUCGCCCUAAGGCUCUGUGCAGACGAGGAAUGCGACGUCUCGCGCCAUUCCGAUUUCAUAGCGCUGACGCUACACAAUUCGACAAGUUUCAAUUUUUGAUACAAUCUGAGCGUACAAUCGAAAAGCUUCUGACUAGACUGCACACAUAUAUUGAUUAACAUUCUUUAUUAAGAAAAAGAGAGAAAAAAAGAAAAAAGGAAAGGAAGAAAAGAAGUUGAGAUGAGAAACGACGAGGUGAAUAUUUGGCGAGAAAAGUACAGGUAGAAAUUGCGGCCGCGAAACAGGGGUAUGAUUCAGAGCCGUGAACCGUUGUAGACCAGUGUCGUGCGGCGGUGUAUGUGGAGCGUACAAGGAUGUUUUAACCGAUGGGACUCAUGCACCAGAAAUUUUAGCGUAAAAGUGCCUCGAGGUGGAUUUUGAUGGAUAGAAGAUUACAUCAUAACGUUAUCAGGAAAUUAAUAAAAAACGUCAAGAUAUUAUUUCUCAGAAAAAUUUGAAAAUCUCUUUUGAGGAAAAGAGAAUUUUCAAAAGAUAAAUUAUAUAUUACAGCAAGAAAUUGAUUUUCAAAGAAACAAGAAAAUUGUUAACUGACGAAGAAAAGAUUUUGAGCAGUUACCUUGGUGCAAUGGCGUAACCAUUUCCUGUAACAUUCUCGAGCUAUUCGAGAUGCAAGAUGCAACUAUGCGAUCGGUCCGAGCAUCUGUUGUCAGGUGGUAAACGCGAAGGAAUCGCAAUCCUCUGGGGAUAGGCCAGUUUAAUUGGAAUUGAUGCUGCAAGCCCAGCGCUACAAUCGACACAGCUCUAACGCGCGUAACUAAUUAACACGCCGGAGAUAAUCCAAGUGAAUCGCGUCUAAGCAAUAGCUCCCCCGUGAUGUAGUCGAUCGUACCACAAUAGAGGUUAUGAGAGCAUCAGAAAUCGAACGUACCAAUUUAUUUCGCGAGCCGACCUGUUCGAUCAGGAUUAUGCGUUAUGCAUUCGUGAAGAUGUUUUGAUAUUGUACGAGGGGAAAAAGCGAGCGGACACAGACGAAUCGACCAGCAACGAGGAGAAACGUUUGCGUGGAUUGGGCCUCUGGUGGAGAUAACGAGCGGCGGUACGCGGAAAGCAGGAAGUUGGCAUGAAAAAGUAGAUACAAAAUGAGCUGUAGAUGCCACGAUAAGGUGUUACGGGGAUGAUGGAAGGAAGAAAGGAAAAAUUAAACGAUGAUGAUGGCAGAGGAACAAACGAGAGGUUCUUCGUCGUUUUGGAUUGUCUCUUGUUUGGAAGCAUCUCUGAGUGGGAAUGGUUUGGUUGGUUGGUGUUUAGUGUGUUGAUGUUGAUGAUAAGACAGAAGAGGGUUGGCGAAGCUUUAGAGGAAUUUACAGCGAACUGAUACUCGACUUUUGUCUUUCGUGUUCAUUUUAUGAUGGAUGAUGGGGAAAGAUUGACACGUGGAAAUAUUGGGUAACGAAUUCUUCUGACAGAAUACUGUUUUUCGAACGACUUCAACAGCGGUGCGCCGGAAGUUAACAAGAAAAAUGGCUAGUUGUUUCUUGAAUCUUCCGGAGUAACAGAUGACGGAGGAUUAAAUCCCAAGACUAUCCGGUUUAUCUUUUUGCUAGAAUUUAUUUUAUUAAAAUGUUUCGUGACACUCGAUGGCAUUCGAUUUCCCGGAAGGGUCUAAUGGCGUGUGUUUCACGAUCCACAUGGAUAAUUGCGUGAAAACGAGUCGAGCCAAACCACCACGAGGCUCUCUCGUGCACUGAUUCCUUGUUACUCGCUUCGUAGACGUCGAACUGAAAAUAGCGUUUCGCUAAAAAUAACCGAAUUCAACGGGGCUGGACCUGCCCGACUGGCAACUUCCUGGACACCCUAUAGAUGCGACCGCGCGGAACGUCUCCGUCACGCCUUUGAAAUUUAUCACCGGCGUCGAUUUCUUGCGUACUUGUGUCUUGGUCAACACACGUAAUACUCGGAAGGAUCAUCAAGGUUGUCUCAGCCUCCACCAAUUUCGUAACUAGAAAUGUUUCUUCCUCUCCUAUAGUCUGGGUCAAGGUCACUGCUUCGUUAUACACAUUUUUUACAAUCACCGUAGCAGAUACGCGACAUCCGAGGAUUAUUUAAUUUUGAUGAAAAUUUGAGUCAACUUUCACGAGCGUUACUCAUAAUUCCCAUAAUACUCGUGGAAAGCAAGAAGGUGUUAACCACCUUUCUACAAAUUAUUUGGAAGAGAAGCAUAUGAACGUCUUUUUGCUUGCUUUUGGCGAGUAUUACAUGCUUCAGAAGUACGGGACCAAUUUUUAAAAAUAUCCUAUAUAUUGUAAUUUAUAAGGUUUUUAACGUCAAAUGUUACUGAGAAAGAUUUCUAUUUUUCAUUCCUUCUUCUCCUGUUCUUGUUCUUUUUUUUUUCUUGUACUUUUUAAUUGCUCUAAUUAACGAUCGAGAAAGAAUGAGAACAGGAAGAUGGAGAAGAUUGAGCGCAUCCGCCGGAAAGGGACGAGGAUCGAUCGAUCGAACACAAAAGAGGAGCGGAUGUUCCAGCUGGAUUUCGGAACGCAACUCGGUCACGCGUUAUGAGCCUUUGUUUGUUGGUCGAUCUUUCGCGAUGCAUUAUAACCAGAUUCCUCGAGGAGAGAUCGAAAUUUCACGACAUUGCGAACGUCACUCUUUGCCAUUGUUAUUUCGUAUGCCCUGCAAUCUUUCUAGUCUUUUCAAUUCUCAAGCUAUUUAGCAGUCACAAAUAUUUACUUCUAAUUUGCCGUAUCAAUGAAUUUACUAUGUUAUUAUUUAUCAAUUUGUUAUUUAUUAAGAGUAAGUUUAAGCGUAUAUGAUAUUCUAGGGUAUAUCGAGGUUACACGAGAGCGUGAAUGAGAAAUGUAUGUAAAUCGAGCUCCUUUUGCAGCCGGCAGCAAAAGAUGAAUAUAUUAUAUUGUAUAUGGGGUGUUCGCUUUAUUACCAGCCAGCGUUUUUCUCGUAAACGAUCAGUACGAGGAAAAAACGAAAGAGGAAAAAGAUGAAUGGUUUAAAGCGAACUACAUAUUCGCGAUAAUAUUUCUUUCGCGCAAAAAUGCAUGUCUAUUUCGUACAUAAUGCGCGUGAUAUUUUUUUACGCUCUGCCGAUAUUGCAAAGAAUUAUCGUUUACAUUUAUAUUACGGACCGAUGGUAUAUCAUCGAACGAUAAUUACUUUGAUUUUUCUUCGCUGCAGGCCGCACUGUGGCGGUGUUACAAAGAAUUUUCCCAUCGAACCUAACAAAUUUAGGCGUCCCCUUUCGUCGUGGAACGAUGAAACGGUUAAUCGACGAGAUCGUUGGUCGGCGACACGGCGCAAAAAUCAAGGAAAACGAAUUACGAGAUGCUGCCGGCUUCCUGUCCCGGAGGAAAAGUGAAUUUCCUCGGUGGUUGGGACGGCGUUCUUCGUGAAAAUGACCUUGAUCAUUGGAUUUUCGUUCGACCGUGCCUUUUUUCCCCCCAAAAAAACAAGGUUACACCAGACCGCGGGAAACGUCGCUUCCGAGAGCUCGACCAUUUUCUUUCAUCUAGAAAGAUUUCCUCUAACGUUUAACGUUGCCUGAUUUUAUAACGACGCGGUGUUAAAUGAAAUACGAUCGUUCAAAAAGUUUUGUAUCUUCCACGAAAGUUUUGUUUAAAUGCAGAAACUUUGAAAAUGAUCGAUAACGAAGAAAAGCGACGACGAAGAUUGGUGAAGAAUAAUUGGCGCGUUCUUUUUACGGGUUUCUUAAAUAUUUGCAAGUGUAUAUUUUAUUGCUUGCCUUGUGACGCAUUGCAAUGGGGUUUAUAAACUUUCACGUAUUCCUAGUUACAAAUUCUUACACGCUACCUUAUUAAGUUACUUAACUCUACUUAUCAGAGUUAUGUAAUUUUAAACGUUACACUGAUAUAUACGUUACACGUAGAAAUAAUUCCAUAAUAAGUAGGUAUGGUACGUAGAUCUAACAGAAAGAAAAAAUAUUACGUCAACUUUCCUACGCGCUACGUUAUUAACAUUUAUGAUACAUAGUUAGUCCUCGGCAAACUAUAUUAUAAUAAAUCAUAUUUUAAAAAAUGAAUUUCAAUGUUAAAUUUUGCAGGGAAAUCUUAAUCUUGACACUAGUCCACUUUAAUUUCAACGAUUAUUUAAUUUUCGGUCUAAUUUUAUGGAUUACUUAAUUUUCACUCUAGCUCUAUUUUAAUAAAGAAACACGAAGUAACAUUUAUUUACGUGUACACAUCGAUGCAAUAUUGCGAGGAUAAAAAUACCAAAAUUCGUACAUUACUUAUCGUUUUUGAAUUAAUCGAUAACGAUUAAUAUACUGUAAUAGCUCUAUGCUUAUCAGAAUCGUUUUAAAUCAAGAACACUUUUAUCUAUUUUUGGGGAAAAAUAGAAGAAUCGAAGAUAAAGCGAAAGUCAAAAAAGAAGAUCGAAGAAAGUUGGAUAAUGAAACGUAUUUGUAAAGCUGUAAUUUUAUUGAUUCGUCAAAAAUUUCAGAAGGAAAUGAAAUUUGAAAAAACUGAAUAUUCAAUAAUGGUAAAUAUUUACGGUAUACGUAACAUAUUAGCAUAUAUGUAAAACGAGCGAGCGGUUCGUAAGUAACGACUCAUCAUUUUCAUAUAAGAAUAAAAAAAUUGCUGUAGUCAUUAGGUUCAGGAAUCGGAGACAAUGCAGACGUCCUUCGAAGAACGACUGACGAAGUAGCGUGAAGGAGUGUUACGCCAUUUCGCUGGAUCUUGUCCAAAGAAAGAGUCGACCGUCGGCGAUAUUCGCCGGUGAAGCUGUCCAAAGCAACAACCAGACGAAAUCACGCCUUCUCGUGGAACGAUGGCGACCUUCUUUCUCUUUUGUUGCGUCGCUAUUGCCAUGGUGGUCGCUGAAGAAGAUGGCUGGGCAUGGAAGCGCAGAGACGAACAGGAGAGCGACGUCGAUAGAACAAGUUAUAGAUACCAGGUGAACGAGAACCUCGAGGAUCCCGGCCACGGAAGACCUCUGGUAGGAUUUAGACCACAGAGCACCGGACCUUACGGUUCUAACAGUAGACCCAUUGUGUCACCGUCGUAUCCUGGCAACAAAGAAGUUCUCGUUGGUCCUGGUGGACCAACAGGCAUUAUAAAAAGACCUUCCUACACCGCAAACAUCGACGAUGGCGAGUUGGAAAACGGUUUCGUGCCAUCGUGGGUGAAGGACGAUCCUCGAUAUAGAGAAUACGACACUUGCAAAUGCAGAUACAGCUUCAAUUGCCCCUCUAGCGGAUUGAAAUUUGGAAGCUGCUCCAAGGAUAAAAAAUAUUGCUGCUUUAAUAGCAGAAAGUAUCCAGCGUUGGUUUCCGGACGAUACGGACAAGGACAACAUCCUUCAUAUCCGGGUGGUCCUAACAAGUACGGACCAGCGACUUUCGUGCAAUCGCCGAACAAUUAUGGUAAUCGAAGACCCCAGGGGAGUUUCACUGGCGCUAACAGAUAUCCUGGAAAUUACCAUUUUCCAGGGGAAAAUCCGGAGCCCUAUCCACGACCUCAUAGCAAUCCUUACGAGCAAAAUUACGAUUACAACGACUUUGAUAUUUACAGUCGGUCCUUGAAGAAAAAUCAGACGCAAAACGCUAACGCGGAUGAAAAAGUUUAAGCUCCAUUUACACGAGGCUUUCGACGGCAACUUUUUCUCGCCUGAUCGAUCUUCCGACGGUUCUUCGCGUAUUUCGUCUUGUAAAUUCUUAAUAAGAUCGAUCUGCCUGAACGAAGAGUCGGAUUAAAGAGUUGGACAGCGUAUGAGAGGAAAUUAUUAAAAAAAUGUCGCGGUGUAGGAUGUUUCUGAAAUUGUUAAAACUGCCAAGAUAUUCGUUAAAUUUUUAUAGAAAGAAUACUUGAAUCAGAGAGAUACCUAGCGUUACUCGAUAUUUAUAUAUGCGUAGUUUCAUAUAUUAUUCGUAAUUUGUAUAGAUACUCUUUGGAUAUUUGUUUUCGAAUAUUUUUUAGAUAGUUUGUUUAUAGGUUGAAAUGGAAGACGCAUGAGUGUUUACGAUGUAGUUGAAUAUCAAAGGGAAAAAAUACUUUAACAGAUUGUUCUGAAGAAAAUGAAAUAUUUCCAGAAGUACGUACGGUAUUCACAAGGUAGAUACUUAGUUGUUAACCUUCUAUGUGACUCGGAAAUACUCGUGUAUCUAUACAAUUGCCUUUAAUUCUUAUUUAUCUAUCAUCCGACACGAUUUAUCUGACAUUGUAUUUCACGCAUUACUCGUCUGUAUUGUAUUUAUUUUUAUCUUAUUAAUUCUUUAUCGAAAUUUACUAACACGAUUUACGUUUAGUGCUCACGUAUGUAUUUAUAACUUUUAGAUUUUAUUUUAUUCGUCUACUUUACUUCAGUAUUUUAUUGGUAUAACGUUUUUUCGUAAAAUGAUAUGGCAAUUAUCAGUACCAAUUUUCAAACCAAAAUUUUUUAUUUCAGUUUUCAAUAAUUGAUCAAAGCAAUGACGUUUCUUGUGUCGCGAGUGAGCAAUGCAUUCUGGUUAUAGAAAGUUAAUAUAAAUAUUUCAGUUAAAUUAAAAAAGAACAACAGUGGAACGUAAUUUUAGACGAGCAUGAAAAUUCAUGAAACAUUUCUCCUUAUUUUUAGCCACAGAACCCGCUGUCGUGGCUCCAAUCUAAAAAUUAUCGAACUUCCUGUUUCUAAAAGAGCCACGACGACUUCAAACACUUUUAACAAGAUACCAAAGAUUUUUCAUUGAACUUAUUCGAUAUUCGUUAUAAUAUAAACUUUGUAUAAUAAAUAUGAUAAUUGAUGUCACGUAAGAUUAUCGUUAAGAACAUUUCUUCUAUUUCUAUGAAUUUUCUCUGCUUCUUUUACCUAUCAAGAUUUCUUAUGCCACUGCUAUUCAACCGCUAAUAUUCAAAGUAUAGUGUUCGUUAUAAUACUCGUUUUAGUAGAAAAUAGACUUCCUAUUAAACCUACCUAGAUUUCGUUUCUCCUAAUUAUAUUUGUAAAAAUACGAAUUCGAUAAUAUUCUACCGCUCUCCUAAUAUCCUUCGCUCUUGUCGAUAACGU